AUGGCUGCACUCUACGGACUUAGCGAGGCAAUGAUGUGCCGAAGUUUCUCCCUGAGCUUGUCGGACCCUGCCAUGUUGUGGUACACUCAGCUUAAACCAGGAUUCGUUAAUAGUUUUGGGGAACUGGAACGUUCGUUCACUGCUCGGUUUGUAGCAAGUAAUCGGCGGCCGAAGACAAUUAAAGCACGAAUAGACUUGCGACAGAAGGAUGGCGAAUCCUUGAAGGAUUACUCCGAGCGAUACUACAACGUUUAUAACUUGGUGGAAAGUUGUGACCAGAAGACUGCUGCUACAUCUUUUAAACGCGGUCUGGAUCGGUCUUUAGAUCUUUCUAAGGAGUUAAUGCUCUGGCCGCCAAGCGAUAUGUUGGAUCUGAUGCAAACUGUUGCCCGUUAUAUCAAACUCGACGAAUAUAUCGGGGGCUCCGGUGUUGCGGAAGUUGCCGACCCAACCAAAUCGGCUGCAAAGGAUGUGAAGAGGCAAGUUAACACCAUUGCCAAGGAGGGCACUAGAGUUGGUGGAAAUAGGGGGGGCGGUAAGACAUGGGACCAACCUCCGAGCGAUGGAUUGGACCACCUUGCCAUCACCACCUAUUUCAAAGAACCCAUCUUCUGUAUGCUCCGAGAAUGCGUACGGAUGCCUAGAUUCCAAUGGCCAACAGGAGCAAUGGAAAAGUUGGGGACUGUUGAUGGGCGUGAGCCGAACCAACGGGUGUACUAUUCAUUCCACAAUGAAUAG